GAGCUAGCCGAGCGAGGCGGUAAAGCACCGUUAGCCACAAGCUAACUUGUGCACAGACGUAUCGUUCCGUCCGUAAUGUCGCGGGAGCUUCAAGUGUCGCCACUCAACCGAAUAACUUGGGGUGUCGCCUGUGAGUAACCGUGUUGCGUGGGGGUCCCGCGGGUCAACAGGGUUCCCACAGAACCGCGAUGGAGGUCCGCGUGAUACCGAGCUGCAGGAACCCCUGGAUCCCCGGGACCAUCUGUUUUUCCUCUCUCUGUUUACAUCUUUCACCGGCAGGAGGUUUUGCUCAAAAAAGCAAAGAGCAUCUGAAGUGAAGACGGACCAUCGUCACAGCUGUUCAGACUUCACAUUCCGUCUCCUGGGAUUUGAAUUUCAACAGGAGUGCAGAAACUGAUCCACGGUGGGAAUAAUGAAAUCCAUUGAUAUUGCCCAAGAGGGCGACGACGAGAUGGACACGUGUACUUGUAUUGAUUGUGUGUCCAGCACCGGGAGAAGCUCCGCACCCUAGUGAUCCUGAUGAAGGCCUUUGUCUGACAAAAGAUCGGGGCCACUUGGGGCCUGGAGGUGGAGCGCUGCACCGCCCCCUGCCAACAGCUCUGCCCUGUGAUUUCCACAAUUGAACAGCUUUCAUUGCCCUCCUGCCUUCAACAUGGAACUCUUCUUCAACCCCUUCGACAACCUGGUGUGCAUCCUGCUGGGCAUCUCCUUCACCGUGUGGUUCACCAUGCUGCUCGUCUUCAUCAUCGUGCCUGCCAUCUUUGGGGUGUCCUUCGGCAUCCGGCGUCUGUACAUGAAAACCUUGUUGAAGGUCUUUGAGUGGGCCACACUGAGGAUAGAGAGAGGAGCGAAAGAAAAGAAUCACCAUUUGUACAAACCCUACUCAAAUGCAAUCAUUGCCAAGGAGCCCACCUCCUUGGAGCAGGAGAUCAAUGAGAUCCGGCGGAGCGGCAGCAACAGAGACCUGGACUCAGCCCCUGAGUUUGAGAUGUCCGACAUCUUCUACUUUGCCCGGCGAGGAGUGGAGAGCAUCAUGGACGAUGAGGUGACCAAACGGUUCUCCGCUGAGGAGUUGGAGUCCUGGAAUCUGCUGACCCGCAGCAACAACAACUUCCACUACAUCAGCCUGAGACUGACCGUCCUAUGGGGGCUGGGCCUGCUGAUCCGCUACGGCUUCCUGUUGCCUCUCAGGGUAACUCUUGCCUUCACUGGUGUAGGCCUCCUUGUGUUCCUCACCUGUGUUAUUGGGCUGCUGCCGAAUGGAAGGAUGAAAAAUUAUCUGAGCGAGAAAGUCCAUUUGAUGUGCUACAGAAUAUGUGUCAGAGCCCUGACGGCCAUCAUAACCUACCAUGACAGUGAGAAUAAACCCAAGAAUGGAGGCCUCUGUGUUGCCAACCAUACCUCGCCAAUUGAUGUCAUCAUCCUUGCCAGCGAUGGCUGCUACGCUAUGGUUGGCCAAAUUCACGGUGGCUUGAUGGGUGUCAUUCAGAGAUCCAUGGUCAAGGCCUGCCCACACAUUUGGUUCGAACGCUCCGAAGUCAAAGACAGACAUCUAGUGGCCAAAAGAUUGAGUGACCAUAUAGAAGAUAAAACUAAAUUGCCCAUCCUGAUUUUCCCAGAAGGUACCUGCAUUAACAACACGUCAGUCAUGAUGUUCAAGAAGGGCAGUUUUGAGAUUGGUGCCACAGUCUACCCUGUGGCCAUUAAGUAUGAUCCCCGAUUUGGAGAUGCCUUCUGGAAUAGCAGCAAGUUUGGCAUGGUCAACUACCUGUUGUGUAUGAUGAGCAGCUGGGCCAUCGUCUGCAGUGUGUGGUACCUCCCUCCCAUGUCUAGAGAGGAGGGGGAGGAUGCUGUACAGUUUGCCAAUCGUGUAAAGGCAGCCAUUGCCAGACAAGGGGGACUGGUCGACCUCCUGUGGGAUGGAGGAUUGAAGCGAGGAAAGGUAAAAGAUACCUUCAAAGAAGAGCAGCAGAAGCUGUACAGUAAAAUGCUUGUGGGGACCCAAGAAGACCGCAGUCGCUCCUGAAGGACUUUUUUGUGGAGGUGGUCUGACUCCGAGACCCACCUGUGCACUAUGUAGGCAGUCGGCGGUGCUCGCUCUACCACUCUCCUGGACUGGAAAAUUCCCUCUGAGAUGUCAACAGUGCUCCAUUUGACUUCCUCGGUCACUGCCUCAGCCCGGCGUGUUCCGUUUGCAUCGCAGCUGCGGGUCUUACAGAGUCUGCUGCCGUCUGUGGGGAACAAGCGCUCAACUGGAGUGUUUGCUUGCAUUGGAAAUUCAAAUAAGGCGUUACAGAAAAGGGGUAUUGUCUUCCUUGGUGGCAUUCUUUUGAGGGAAAACCUUUUAAUUAUUAUUAUUAUUAUUAUUAUUAUUAUUAUUAUUAUCUAUCAUUGAGUUCCUGUCUUUUUUUGAUAGUUUUAACUCUUUAAUUUCCAUAAUACUGCCAUGUUUGUAUCACACUGAGUUAACAUUGCAUACCUGUUUAUAUCUGGGACGUAGAUGAAAACUAGUUUGUCCUGAAGCUAAAACCUGUGACUGAGUUGGGGUUUUUGCAUGACUGGCUCAUGCCCAUGAUUUGGGGCACCGAUGCCAGAUUCUGUUACAUUUCAAACAUUUUUAUGGGCUUUUUCCGAGAGGAAAAAAAACAACCUUGUAUUCUAAGCUUUGUCUUUUGCAUCAAGACUUGUAUACAACACACGUGGUCACUAUGGAGUGUCUGUUGCACAGGAGCUCUUGAUAUGUUGUCUGUUUUCAGUGUUUGUUUGUUUUUCCACAGAAUGUGUAAAUCCUCACAUUAUGAAGUGGAAAUUUUUGCACCCACAGUUUCUCUGAUGAAGGUUGAUGGGCUGAGGCAAAAUGUUCCUGUUUCAGCUGAUGGAGUCAAAUUCAUAGUCCAUUCAUAAAGAAUUUAUUUCCGAUUGCUUUUAGCAUCAUCCCUUUAAAGCCGUGGCUCAGAGGUAAUGAUGACACCCACAACUGGUCUUCUGACUUCUAAACAGUUCUGACAAUUUGCUGAUACAUGUUCAUACUAAUAUCCUUCUAGGCAGCCAUCAUGUUGUCACUGGGUUCCUGCUUGUGCAGUGACCAUCUUGCCUAAUUUCUUUUUAGGUGAACUCUAAAAGCUAUUGUCUUUAUUUCCCCCCUCAUCAGUGAUCUUUGUCCCACUUGGCAGCCUCCUCGAGGAGGUUUUAAGGAGAGACAGAGUGCAGCUGUGCUUCCGGCUCUCUGUUAGCCCGAGGAACAUGGUGGACAGCCUCUUGGGUUUCCUCCUGAGGAUUUCAUCCCUCUAGCUGUUAUCAGGGAUAGUCAUUUAGAUCAUGUCAAAUCUGUUCAUCAAAAUAAACGUUAAAGAAUGUGUCUCUA